AUGUCGAGCCAAGCGGAUCAUCCGAGUCACAGCGCGCAAAAGGUGGCCAAGGGGAACAGUUUCUUCAUGAACACCGAGAACUUCCGGGAGUACACUUCUGCCUACAUCCUGGCCACUGUUACUGACCCGGUGGAUAAACAAUUGCGACUGGUGAAGGCUGAGCCGUGUCCGAUAUCCCCUGCGUCUGUCGAGAGCGCGUUGUUCCCUGCUCGGUCGACCGUGUUUAAAGACGCUCCGAAGUUGGUGUACUUGACCAGCCACGAAAUGGAUUCGGUUAUGGGGUCGUUGCCGCCUUGGCUGAGCGAGUAUCGGUGGCUAGACUAUGCGGAGUGUGCUGUGUACCGAGACUUCUUCUUGAGCGUUAUUUACAAUGGCCUUUUUCGGUACGUGCGGAGUCGGAUCAACAAUGCGUUGCUGUCGCGGGAGUGGCUGAAUAAGUGUCAAGAAAACCCAAUGGAACGACUGGCGCGGCUGAAGGAAGGCUGUAUUGCGCAUUUGGAGUAUGAUUUGGGCACGAAGGACGUGUUCGACGGCGAGGGAAUCCAUGUGGAGGAUGGGAAAGGGGGGCACGCAGAGGAAUUAGGGAGCGGAGGGCCCAUGUUCGGUGGCUGCGGUGGGCGGCGCAGCAAUAAGGCUCCAGGGUACGAAGGUACGAGUGGUGGUUACGGACACUUCUUGAUGUCGGUGGUGGCCCGUCGUUUGCGGGAGGUUAUCUUUCCGCAGGUGAAUCAGAAGAAGAUCGGCGAAAUGCUGCUGAACCCCAUUGGGCCGUACCAUAUUCGCCGUUUGCUGAACGACUACAAUAGCGACAUUGACGUUAGCUUUGUGCAUUACUUGAUCCAGAACUUGCCCCAUGACACACCUUGUGGACUAGCUGCUCAUAAGCGCCGGGAGCACGUGAUGCGAAUGACCAGCAAAACGAGUGUGACUGAAUACAAUACCGUGCACUGGAAAUUGAUGUUUAGCCACCAUCUGAAAGCCGUCUGUAAGCUGUGGAAGACUCACACGAAUUCAGGCACUCUCAAAACUAUUCUGGACGACACUGAGGGCCACUUCCAUGACAUGUGGAGAAUUCUCACCGACUUCGCAGACUGCAAUUCCACGUAUUUGAUUAAUAUAGCCUAUGGCAACUCCUUCACCUUGUUCGACCAAAUCUGCAGGUUCAACUUGAGUCGCUUCUGUCAGGAUUAUCACAAUCUUCAUGCGCCUUGGUUUAGCAUUCCUCACUUCCUCCAGAAAUACUCAAUUCUGCUCCACGGCCACCGCAAGACCAAAUGCCGAAUCAGCCUCCCCUCCGCCAACACCCCUUCGGCCAGUACCCCUGCUACUCACUCGCCUGCUGCUAACUCUCAUUCCAGCAAGGAUCGAUUUCCAAAACGGGGACUGGAACAAGUCAGUUCUGAAACGACUAAUCGCAGUGGGUCCAGAGGAGGGUCAGACGUGGCCCGUGAUCAAUCUACCAAUAAGCAACAAGCCAGCAAGGAGAGCGCGGUGGUGACCAACAUUACCCUGAACGUACCGACCAGAGUAGGUAGGGACCGACGAGGAUCGGUUUUUGAUGUCCGGGGUGCUCAUACGAGUACUACCGUUUCUUCUGGCGUAUCGCAGUUUGCCCGGCCUCUUCCUGAGGUCCUGGGGACGAUUGAUCCAGUUGCUCGCGUUGGGGCCAUCAUGGCCACUAUUAAGACUGGGAGAGCCACCGAGUUCACCAUCCAGAAUAACAGGGUCUACAUUCAUCCGCAGACGAUGGGUCAGCUGGAGCAUGCGUGGUUAGGCGUGAUCGCCGCUCGUGUAGUUAGAAUACAGGCCAUAUGGCGAGGGAGUGUUGUUCGAAGGAAUUAUCAAGCCCUGAAGAAAGCCAAUAUGUCCAUUAAGUGUAUACAACAUGCUUUUGCCAAGGCUACUGCACAGCAAUGGAACUAUUUCGAACCGCCAGUGUUUCCUGACUGUCGAGAUGGACAAGCUCUCUAUAUCACGUACUUGUGA